AUGAGCUACUACGGCAGCUACUACGGAGGCCUGGGCUACGGUUGUGGUGGCUGUGGUGGCCUGGGCUACGGCUAUGGUGGCUUUGGUGGCCUGGGCUAUGGCUGUGGCUACAGAGGCUAUGGGUGUGGCUGCUGGCGUCCGUGCUGCUAUGGAAGGUACUGGUCUUCUGGCUUCUACUGAAUGAGUCUGUGACCACCUCCGGUGUGCGCACCUGGACUUCUGGGACGCUGGUGCACCUGGACCCGCGCCCACCACCUGCAGGCUGCAUCUC